AAGACACCAAGUGAAUACAUAACCGAUCGCAUAAAAGAUAUCACUAUAUAAAACGCAACUCCUGUAUAUACAACCAAACAAUGGCGUCUCCAGCACGUCCAAAAGCGAAACCCCUGGGUAAAGACCCGUCGGCGCCGAAGAUUGCCACACAGAAGACCUCCCAGGCCAAACCUACACCACCGAAGCUCAAGGAGCAAAGACAGAAGCAGGUUCCUGAAGUUCAGAAGCUUCCGACAGAUGCAUCCGGGUCGGGCUCUGAGCUGAGUUCACUUCCCAGCCGCGGAAAGGCAGCAGCUGCGUCUCCAUCCGGAGGCCUUGCAAAAGGAGUCAAGGAUAAAGCAAGGGUAGCUAAAGAUCAGAAGCCACAAGACAGUAUCAAGGCUACCAAAGACGCAACGAAAAAGGCGGACCUACCUCAGACUGACGAUAUUCCGAGCGAGAAGGUUCAAGAUACUCUUCAAACGGCCAAAGACAAAGCAGCUACCGACGAUGUACCCCAAGCCGGCGAGGUUCCGGAGGCGCCGGAUAUCUCAAAUAAUGUUCCAUUAGACCUAUCUAGCUUGGACGGGCUUGAAGUUGGUGAAGGUGGACAGAUACUGGAUAGCGAGGGAAACCCUAUUGGCGAAGUCGUCGAAGGAGAUCCAGAAGACCUCGUCGGUCAGACGGUCAACGCCAAUGGAGAAAUCGUCGACGAGGAUGGGGACCUCAUCGGCCGAGUUGAUCUUAUCCAGCAAGAGGCAGGAGCACUCAAAGAUCAAGCCCAAGAGGCCGAGCUGCCAGAGGCGGAGGUUCCUACGGGUGAGGAAGUGACUGACGAAGUCCCAGACGAGCUGGAAGAGCAGGCUGAACCGGGAGAGGGAGUAUCUCUCGGUGUAGACGAAGUGCCUGAUUUGGAACAAGAAUUGCCCGACAUAUCAACGCUGGAAGGGCUGACAUGCAAUAAAAUCGGCAGCAUUGUCACGGCAGAUGGGACUCCUGUAGGCGAGCUCCUCGAAGGCGACCCCAAGAAGCUCUCACGGGGGGCAUUUCAACUUGACAGUCAAGGCCAAUUCUGGGAUAAUCAAGGACAUGUCAUUGGCAAGGCCAAACCGAUAGAACUUGAAGAAGAACAGCCCGGGUUGUUUGCAGACACAGGAGACAUCUUUGUGGCGGAAGAUAGCUGGAUCCAAGACGAGAACGGGAGAAAGGUGGGCAAGCUGGUCGAAGGAGAUCCAAAACGACUCAUUGGAUACGCCGUGGAUGACGAUGGCGAUAUCCUUGACAAACGAGGCAACACGAUCGGACGCGCAGAGCCCUGGGAAGAGCCAGAGGUUGAGCCGGAAGAGGUGGAUUUCUCGUCCGUGGAAGGUCUGAAGCCAAACAAGCAUGGGAAUGUAAUGGGCCCUGAUCAAGUACCGAUUGCUCGUGUGGUGGAAGGCGACCUGAAGGAGGUUGCUGGUCGAGGCAUCAACAAGAAUGGCCAAAUCCUUAAUGAUGACGGAGAGGUUAUUGGGCAAGUACAGCUCAUUCCCAUGGGUGAGAUAGAAUGCAUGGGUCCGUUCAGUGGCCUGGGAGAGCUGUUUGUCAAAGAGUCUGGAUACAUUGAGGACGCUGACGGGGAGGUGGUGGGCAGGAUCGUGGAAGGAGAUCCCAAGAGUCUGCGAGGCCAUACCGUCGAUAUCUCUGGUGACAUUCUCGACCAGUAUGGAAACGUGAACGGCCGUGCAGAGCCGUACGAGGUUCCCGAGGAGGAAGAUGAAGAAGAGGAAGAUUUGUCCGCUCUAGAAGGAGGAACCGUCAACAAGCUGGGCAAUGUCGUCGACGAGCAUGGUACCAUUCUAGGGAGGAUUGUUGCUGGAAAUCCGAAGAAAUUGUCUGGCAAGAAGGUGGAUGGAAACGGCCAGGUCUGGAGUGACAACGGCAAAGUCAUCGGACAGGCAGAGCUGAUCCCAGAGGACGAGCGUGAACAGCCAGAGGGCGUCUUCUUUGGCCUAGACGGACUGAUAGUCGGCAAGGAUGGCCUGGUCAUGGACCCUUCAGGGGAAGUCGUGGGCAGACUGACAGAAGGGGACAACCAACGACUCAUGGGACGCGCUGUUGAUGAGGACGGAGAGAUCAUUGACAAGACUGGCAAUGUUAUAGGCCGAGCAGAGCGAUACACACCAGAGGAGGAACCGGAGCCAGAGCUAUCCCCUGAAGAAGCAGAGAAGCAACAGAAAGAGAAAGAAGAUACAGAACUGGCAAAGAAGAUGUGUACCAUCCUGCAGCAGACAAUUGACUCUGUUGGGCCAAUUUGCAAAGAGAUAACCCAGCGCACUGAAAAAGCCAGCCGCACACCAAAGGAGGAGCUCGACGAGGAGCAGCUGGUGAAGGACGUGAAGCCCUUGAUUGAAAAAGCAGGAAACGGGCUGCAAGAAUGCAAAGGGUCUCUUAGGGCUCUUGAUCCAGACGGCCAUAUCGCAGCUACUGCAAAGGCUCGCAGCGCCUCGCACGAAGCCACGCCAGCAGAGUAUCAACUAGCAGACUUGCUCAAGGAGCUGACGCAGACUAUUGUCGAGACCAUUGAAAAUGGCCGGCAGUAUAUCAGCGAUAUGCCCCAUGCAAAGAAGAAGAUCAACCCCCUGUGGGCACUGCUAUCGGAGCCGCUGUUCCAGAUUAUUGCCGCAGUUGGGCUUUUACUCAGCGGAGUACUCGGCCUCGUCGGUAAGCUUCUCGAUGGUCUUGGACUUGGAGGCCUUCUUAAGGGGUUGCUGGGCGGACUUGGACUCGAUAAGCUCGUCGAUGGACUUGGACUUGGUUCGGUGACUGGAGCGCUGGGGCUUGAGGGUAAGAAGUAGUUUCAUCCAACCUGAUAUUAUCAGCCUUCUGACCCGUUUAGAGGGGUUCUCGCUUAGGGCGCUAUUUGUCUCUCUGGUAUUACUAGUUCACUCGUUGCUGUACACCUUUCUGCGAGAUGUUUGUGGUUUUGAUAUGAAUAGUAGCCG